AUGGCUCUCUCUCAAGCUGCAGCCGCAGUCGAAAAGAUGAUCGGCCACACAGGCGACGCCACUACCGAACAGAACCUCUCCAACCCGUCGAAAGAUGCAGAAAAGUAUGCGGACCCAUCUGGCGAGAAGAUGAAAGCGCUUGUGUGGAACGGAAAGCAAAGCGUCAAAGUCGUCGAGACUUUCAAACCUGCCAAGAUUGAAGACACGGACGUCGUCGUCAAAGUCACUGGGUCAACAGUCUGCGGCUCAGAUCUUCAUCUCUAUCACGGUGUGGUGAUUGAGCUUCAGAAGGGGGAUAUCCUAGGUCACGAGUUCUGCGGUGUUGUCGACAGUGUUGGCCCUAAAAUCAGCAAGGUUAAGCCGGGCGAUCGCGUGGUAUGCAGCUUUCAAAUCGCAUGCGGAAGCUGUAUGUACUGCAAGCAGAAACUAAGCAGCCAAUGUGAGAGGACAAAUGACAACAAAAUCGAGAAUAUCAUGUAUGGAGGUCGCACGGCGGGCUUCCUGGGCUACUCGCACUUCACCGGUGGUUAUGCUGGUGGCCAAGCAGAAUAUGUUCGUGUUGCGUAUGGCGAUACCAACCUCCUGAAACUCCCAGAUGAUGUACCUGAUGAAAAAGGUCUCUACCUGUCGGAUGUGCUGAGUACAUCGUGGAAUGCCGUUGUCGACACGGGAGUCAAAGAAGGCGACGUGGUGGCCAUCUGGGGCGCAGGUCCCAUCGGCCAGAUGGCCGCAGCCAUGUCGUUCAUGAACGGCGCCAAGCGCGUGAUCAUCAUUGACGGCGGUCAAGCAUCAUGGCGCCUUGACUUUGUGAAGUCCAAACUGCCCAAGGUCGAGACAAUCAACUUCACAGAUCUUCCAAAGGGCGAAAACAUCGUUUCAACCCUGAAAAAGAUGGAACACGGAGGCCCCGAUGUCGCCAUUGAAUGUGUGGCAGGCGAGUAUGCGAAGGGCUGGGCUCAUUACUUUGAGUUGCUCCUUGGUGCUGAAACCGAUACUUCGGAAAUCGUUAAUGAGAUGAUCAUGAGCGUCAAGAGCUUCGGCCGCUGCGGUAUCACGGGUGUCUAUGUUGGCUACACGAAUCACUUCAACAUCGGGUCUCUCAUGGAACGCGGUAUCCGGUUAAUUGGUAAUGGCCAAGCUCCUGUGCACAAGUACUGGGAGGAUCUCCUCAAAAAGAUACAGGACGGCAGCCUGGACGUCCUUCAGAUGGUCAGCCAUCGUGUGUUGUUGGAAGAAUUGGAGGAAGUGUACAAGCGCUAUGAUGCGCGUGAGAAGGGGCUUCAGAAAGUCUUUGUUCAGACAAAGUUCAGUGGUCCGCCAAGCGAAGGAUCUCCUCAAUUGACCAAGUUUGGUACCGCUUGA